GCGAAACAAAUACAUUCAACACCAUCCCGCCAAAAAUGGUAGGAAUUCAGCCUACUACGGGAAUACUGAGCCUGCCUUGGGAGCUUCGACGCCAGAUAAUUCUUGACAUUCUACAGUGCAGCGAUCCAGCUCUACCUUGCUUUGAUGAACAAUUCAUUACGAGUCGUAAUAAGUAUGAAUAUGUGAGAGGUCAAGCGCUACGAGCGACGAAUGUUCAGCUGCGCAAUGAAACCGAUCAAGUUAUUGAAGAACUGAAAUCUGGCACCUGCGACAUGCCGUUUACGUUGGAUGUUAUGUUGGUUAGAGGCAUUGGAGUCUUCCCAAACUGGAUACAUUUUCCAUAUCGACCGACUCAUCUACAGAAGCUUACCAUAAACAUACGCAUCAUUCGCCCUUGGACAACUGCCGUCCCUGAAGAGUGGGUUGAGAUGGCACGAUAUCAAGACAAAAGUUGUUCUCACACUCAUUGGCAUAUAUUUAUGGCAAUCACCAUGAUUGCCUUUGGUAUCUUCUCUAUCAAGCAAGAUCCUACUCUACCUCGUGUCGAUCAUUAUAGAGAGCUGGCUGUUACAGAAAGAGUUGUUGUGAACGAUAAGGCGCCGGAGAGCAACACCUCGACACCUAAAGCAACAGAUCGUUACUCAAACACCCAACGAAAUUUCAAGAAUAUUGAAGCUUUUUGCAGUGAGACAUUUGAUGCUUACCGUCUCUCGUCUGCAUCGUGGGUUACAGAUAUAUUGUUUCUCAACUUCUGUAAGCUUGAAUAUGAUGAACACAACAAGCCUAUCCCUCCACCGGCAGACUGUAAGGGACUUUCGAUCUACCGCUCCGUACCCAAAGGCGUUUCGGAAAGCUAUCAGGAGAGGCGCUUUUAUAAACCAGGCUAUAUGCAAUUCGGCCGAGAUAUUUUUAGAGACUACAGCCUCGAUUACAUGGGAAUUGACGAGUAUGACUCUUACCGAGAAAGCAUUGUCAAUGGCACAUUUUUGAGCUCCCAAUUGGAAGAAGCAAUGGCAAACUGGAUCUUAUGUGUGAACUAUCCCGACAUAUAUACAUCCGCCGAGGCUAUCUACCUCGAAAUAUUAGCGUUCAACGUCGGUGCUAUACAUGAUACUGAGGAUUCCAAUACUCUGGUAGACAGAUAUUGGUCAAAUUGGACGUAUGAGGACCAGAACUGGGACGUUGAUUUCCCAGAUGGUCAGCGAUACUACACGAAAGAGGUUAUAGAGCGAAAUUUGGUCAGACAACUAGCCCACGAACCUCGUGAUGAAGAGCAAAUUCUGCAAUGUCGAAUUUUAAGAGCCAGGAUGGAGAAUGGCUGGAUUCUAGAAAGUGACGAUUGGUAAAGUUUUAACAAAAGCAAACAAUGUAGAGAAUAUAGUACUCAAGAUGCUGUUAUACACUAUUAGCCAAGCAGUCUCUCCAGG